AUGUCGGUUACGAGGAAGGUUCAGCUGGUGCUCCUGUUUGGGGGGUCGCUUUUACCCGCAGGAACGACAAUGUAUCGACUUCCCCACAUCAUCGAUCGUCAUGGCAGCCAGCAAUAUCGCUCUCUGAUGGCCUCUGUGGAGAUUUUAUUUGCGACCGCUGUUGCCAACGCCCUGGUGCUUGGGUCCUUUAUUCGCGAUAAAGGCGUAAAGAAGCAGAGAUGGAAGCUCGGGUCCAUUAGCGACAGCAUCGAGAGGAUGCCGAGUAGAAGGGGUCCAGCGAUGCGCCAUUGGGGGAGCGACGAAGACCUUGUCCGAGAUUUAGGUUUAGGCGUGGAUCCUGAAUUAAGAAGUGCGAGGCCGGCACCUCGUCCUGCUCCAAUGGCCACAGCGGGAAAUGUACCUGUAAAGGCACACAAGAGUAGAGACAUGAAGGAUUGGCAAUUUCAUGGCGCCGGACGAAGUGAAGCAAGCGAUGAAAUCGUCCUGAUGAAGAUGGCCCACGGUGGACUCGGUCCAGAUGAAAUUUCGCCCGUACACUCACCGCAGAAGGUUUCGUUCUUCGACGUCGGCGGGUUAUUGGACGAUGAUCAGCCCCGAACCACCAGCUCCGACAGGAUUACAGACACAGAUGGCGAGAGUUCAAUUCAACUUCCACAACAUGAGCAUGGGCUUUCACCCACGCCGGCCCGCAGGGGUUCCGCAGCGUUGCUAUAUGACCUAGGUGGAUUUCUCAGUCCAAGAAAGGAACGAACUCCACAGCAACCCCGAAGCUACGAGCUUCAGACAAUGCAACAGCAACCUCAGGGGGGUCGGCGUGGGUCGGCAAGCCCAGCCAAACCUGAGCGUCAACCGACAAGGCUCUCAUUACAGGAUGUAGGAGGCCUGUUGAGCGGUUUUUCUCCGCAAUCGCAGUCGCAAUCGCAAUCUCUGCAACCCAGGGAAUAA